UACCGGUUUUUUCGCCGUCGUUGCGUGUUUCCGCCGCCUCGCUCCCUCCCUCCCGAUGCUAGCACCGUCGGGCUCGGCUGCGGGAGCGUAAUGGCGGUGCACCGGGGACCCUCUACGAAAUGGCUCUUCACCCGGGAGCAGCUGGAAAACACGCCGUCCCGCCGCUGCGGAAUCGAGGCCGACCGGGAACUGUCCUACCGGCAGCAGGCCGCCAACCUGAUCCAGGACAUCGGCCAGAGGCUCAACGUCUCCCAGCUAAUAAUCAACACCGCCAUAGUUUACAUGCAUAGGUUUUAUAUGAUCCACUCCUUCACCAAGUUCCACAGGAAUAUCAUCUCUCAGACCACGCUGUUCCUGGCAGCUAAGGUGGAAGAGCAGCCCAGGAAGCUGGAGCACGUCAUUAAAAUGGCCCAUGCCUUCAUUAACCCGCAGGAGCCGGCCUUAGACACCAAAAGCAGUGCGUUCCAGCUGCAGGCGCACGAGCUGGUAGUUCUGGAGUCAAUCGUGCUGCAAACGCUAGGUUUUGAAAUAACAGUUGAUCAUCCUCACACAGAUGUUGUGAGAUGUUCCCAGCUAGUGCGAGCAAGCAGAGAUUUGGCUCAGACUUCCUAUUUCAUGGCUACCAACAGUUUGCACCUUACCACCUUCUGCCUGGAGUACAGGCCCACGGUGGUGGCAUGCGUCUGCAUCCACCUGGCCUGUAAAUGGUCCAACUGGGAGAUCCCCGUGUCCACAGACGGGAAACACUGGUGGGAAUAUGUGGACCGAACCGUGACGCUGCAGCUGCUCGAUGAACUCACCCAUGAGUUCCUGCAGAUCCUGGAGAGGACGCCCAGCAAACUGAAGAGGAUACGGAACUGGAGGGCGAUCCAAGCUGCUAAGAAACCAAAGACGGAGGGCGCCGCCGUGGAGCCCACCUACCAGGGGGCGUCCUUAGAGGGCCUCCCUGGCAGCAACUCCUUCUUCUCCUCCAGCUCAGACCCCGACGCCAUGGCGGGCCUGAACAGCAUCCCGGCGCCCUACAGCCUGUACCAGAAUCUCAGCGACCAGUUCUCCCAGCCCCCCCACUCAGACUUCACGCUGGUCAAGCACAAACCUAAAGCUGCUGGCGGCGGCGACCACCAGCAGCUGGCGGCGGCGGCCGCCUUUUCCCGCUCUCAGAAAGUGUUGACUCUGGAAAGGUACAGAGAGAAACAGGCGGCGGAGCUGCAGAACGGCGUGAAAGAGGAGCCGAGCACGGACAUGUACAUUCCCCCGACCCCCCACCACCACCACAAGAAGCACGACGGCAGGAGGGACAAGCCCGGCUCCAAGAAGCCCCGGGCGGCCGCCUCCUACGCCGACGGCGGCUCCUCCACCAGCGAGGAGCUGAAGAUGCGAAUCAAAGUCUCGUCGGAGCGCCACGGCGGCUCGGAGGCGAGCAAAGACAAGCACAAAGGCCACCGCCACUCCAAACACUCGUACUCGCUCACGGCGGGGGGCAGGGCUGCCCUGGAAAACGGAUCCGCCCGAGCCGUGGGCGGCCACCACGGCGACCCUUCCGGCUCGUCCCGCAAGAGGCCGCACGCCGACGGCCACCACCACCACUCGUCCAAGAGCAGCCGCUCCUCCAAAGGAGGCUCCUCCCACUACUCCUCGUCCUCUGAGGGCGGCCAGAGGAUGAUGGAGCACCACGACGGGACGAACGGCAUGAUCAUAUCCAACGGCCAGCACACCGACUACAAAAACACUUUUGACAUGCUGGACUCUCUACUAAGUGCCCAAGGAAUGAACUUGUAGCCGCGGAGCCGCCGCCGCCGUUUAGGACGACUUUUCUAGAAUUUUAAAGAAUUUUAUUUGUUUUAAGUUAUCUGCGUCGACGAACAUCGAGUUUUAAAAUAAAAUAACAUUAAUCUAAACCGCGACUUUGAACAGAAAACGAUUGUCUGCAUGUUUAAGUCACGAAAGAGAAAACUGGUGAUUGCAAACAUUUCAUUAUUCUCAUUAUUCCUUUGAAGUUCAAAGUUUUUGUUCCACUAAAACAAACAAAAUAAAAACCUCUCAGGUCUUGAACUUUUAGGAUUAAAAGUCUUCUACCUGUAUCCGUGGAGAUGCAUCACCUUCACGUGCCGGCAAAGACGAGCCGAACUGCUAUUUAACUGGGUUGUUCCUUCAGAAUAAAAGCACCGCAGGGACGACUGUGACGUGUAGACUCGAAAACCAAGCUGCUGCAUCUGCUGUGACAGAAACGUGAUUGAAAGUAGUCACUCGCUUUUCAGUAUGAUUCAUGUUCUUAAAAACAGACCGAAAAAACUCUCCUUGUGUGUACAUAGGGCUGUAGUUCGGAUUCAAGCUGUUGUUUAUUGCAUCAGUGAUCAGUCUAAACUUUAUUGUAUUAUGAGAUCCAAAGCAGGCUGUGUUAUGAACAUUUAUGUAAUCGGAGCCCAAAUAAAAGAUGUUAAAGUCAUUUUCUUUCUGAUUGCAA